GUCCUGAUAAACUUGGCAGAUCAUUUGGCUAGCUUUUGAGCUUCGCAAAAACCCCACGCGUCAUCGCAAAAAACAUCUGAGCUUCCAUCGGAAAGUCUGAAGUGGAGCUACAUGCUGAAAUGGCAAGUGCCAAGUAGUACCUGGACCUGGACUCGUACAACACGCAAACGCAAAGCAAGCAAUCCUACCUCAUUGUUUGCCUAUUGCGGGGUUUGUUCGAAUUGACUUGCCUGUGAUAUCGACAGUUUCACGAGCUGCACGGGAUAGACCACUGUAGCAAUGCUUCGGUAGGAAUGUCUCUGCUUCGCAAGUCGAAACGUCGACCCCAACCAUUGACAGACGCCGACUACGACCACGAAAUUCGUCUGGAGGAUCAUACCAAACCACAAUCGCCUCAAGGGCAUUCGAGAAGCCAGUCAGAUGGCCUACAGCCUUCCUCUACUCGUGGUUCAGAUUCCUCCUCGAGAAGACACAGCGAUGUCCCCCUUUAUAAACACACGACGCCCCUCCAUAUACGGGAGGAGUUGAUACGGCGGAAAUUCUCGAAAUAUCAGGAUCGCCGCGAAGCGUCUUACGAUGGGCAGCAAGAGGCAGCUGGGCCAGAGGACGGUGACGAAGCUCAGAAUGACGAAGCUCAGGACGGAGAGACGGAAGAACGAGGGCGACGAAUAUCCAAAUCACUGGCACCAAAACCAGCGGAAGCCGAAUCUGCGAUAGAUAUCUUGUACGAGAAUCAACGUGGAGGGUUUCUCUGCGGGAUACCCCUCUUUUCUUCGAAGGCGUUGGGUGGUCUCGAUCAUGCUCCGUGGACGAAUAGUGCACAUAAACCGAGUGCCACGGACAUCACAAACGCGCAGGUGCCAGAUCCCUUGUGGGAAUGGGCUUGGAAGGAAUGGCAUAUAAAUAAGGAUGACAGAGUGGAUGGCGAGGGCUGGGAGUACUCGUUUGCCUUCGGCAAGCACAUUUCCUGGCACGGUCCUCAAUGGUGGAAUUCCUAUGUCCGUAGACGGGCAUGGACUCGAAAGCGAAUAAAGAAGCACAGUGGCUAUCAGUCGAAUGAAUCACAUAUGCUCACCCCUGAAUAUUUUACGAUUCACGCAGCGGAAGAACGGAAAUCAAGCCGAGCUACCUCUAUGGAAGCAAGUACAAUGAAUCGACCAAGUUUGGGAUCUCUUGCUAGACGGGAUAUUGAAGAUGAUAUCGUCGUUGAGGAAAUCAAGGAUAUUGCGUCUCUGAUGAAAGUCUUACGGCUUGCCCGAAUUGACCGAGAGAAAAUGGAAGCAGUGGAGAACUUCACUGAGCACGGCGGGGAUGACCUUCACUACCUGCAAGAAUAUAUGCAUGAGAUCAUGCGGAUGUUCAUAUUCCAAGCUUCGCGGCGUCUUCUCCUUACACAUCUGCUCAAGAUUUUCAACGAGGCUUCGAAGGAAUGGGACAAAGAGGAUGCUGACCCCGUCAAGAAACGGAGACUUGAAUAUCUGGAAGCAGCAGUGAAGCAUGCUGAUGAGGAGGUUAAGAGGCUGGAAUUCUGGAGUGAUGUGAAGGACAUGGCCGAGAAAGGCCAUACUAUAGGGGCCGUGGAUGAAUCUAAAGGUUGGGACAAGAGCUGGGCUGGUCUUGAUCAUAGCGGGCCGAAGGAUGUAAUGUCCGAUAAGAAGGUCCCUGGACUGAAGAAUUGUGAGCCGAGAGAAGGAAAUGGGACAGCAGUAAAAAAGGAUAAAGGGAAAGGAAAGGCACAGGAUUAGCAUACACAGGGCGUUCUGCAAAUCUCUUUGGUCAGCAUGGCUGCAUAGCCUCGGAUUGGGAUUGGGUAGUUUACGGGAAAUAAAAGAGACUCCUCCCAUAUCUUUUAGGCUUCAUGUUCAAAACAUCCUUGAUGGAGUCCUAUUGAAUGAAUUGUUCCUGC